GAAAAAGGAUCCGAGGUCCGGAAAUCGCCGAGGAAAAGUGGGAAAUCUUCUUCAACAAUAAUUUAGUGUUAAAAGUAAAGGCGAUACUAACAAAUUCCAGAACACAGGAAGCUGGAUUCAGUAGCAGUACGAGGGUAAAUCCUCACAGAAGAAGAAGAAGAGGCUCGUGCGUGAAAGUGCUCGGGAAACUCUGGUCGGAAAAUGGGUUCGCGAGCAAUCCUGCAGAUUUUUUCAUCGAAAGGCUUUGCCAUACUGAACACCCGUAUUCCGACGACUCUAAGCCGACAUUUCUACACACCGGCCGCCGUCCAGCGAUUGCCCAACGAGCCGGUCAAGAAGGGUCCCACGUUGCGCACCGUCCGGUCGUUUUACACUUCAAACAUUUUGCAUAAAAAGGACUAUUACAGUACGCUCGGCGUGACCAAGAACGCGUCGCCGAAAGAGAUCAAAAAGGCGUACUAUCAGCUGGCGAAAAAGUAUCACCCCGACACGAACAAGGAUGAUCCGGAUGCGGGACGCAAGUUUCAAGAAGUUUCCGAAGCCUACGAGGUGCUGAGCGAUGAAACGAAGCGCAGCGAGUACGACACGUACGGACAAACGUCGGAACAGAUGGGCCGAACCGGCGGAGGCCGGCCGGGAGCCGGGGCUGGACCCCAGGGAUUCUCACAAAACUGGCAGUUCCGUUCGACAAUCGAUCCGGAGGAGCUGUUCCGGAAGAUCUUCGGUGAUGGCGGUUUUCAGUCGGGAUUCGACGAUUUCAGUGAUUCCAAGUUUGGCUUUGGUGGGGCGCAGGAGAUUAUCAUGAAUCUAACCUUCGCACAAGCGGCUCGUGGUGUAAAUAAGGACAUUGACGUGAACGUGGUGGACACGUGCCAGAAGUGUAGCGGUUCCCGGUGUGAGCCGGGCACCAAACCGGGUAAAUGUCAGUACUGCAAUGGAACGGGUAUGGAAACGAUAUCGACUGGACCUUUCGUGAUGCGCUCGACGUGCCGAUACUGCCAGGGCACGCGGAUGUUCAUAAAAUACCCUUGCCUCGAGUGCGGCGGCAAGGGACAGACGGUUCAGCGGAAACGGGUUACUGUCCCAGUGCCGGCGGGUAUCGAGGAUGAGCAGAUGGUGCGCAUGAAUGUUGGCAGCAAGGAAAUUUUCAUUAAAUUUAAGGUAGAGAAAAGCCGCUACUUCCGGCGAGAUGGAGCGGAUGUACAUACCGAUGCCUCAAUUUCCUUAUCACAAGCCGUCCUAGGCGGCACAAUCCGAGUGCAGGGUGUGUACGAAGACCAAACCAUUCAGAUUCCGCCCGGAACAUCGUCACACAAGGUCAUCAAUCUCACAGGCAAAGGGCUACGGCGGGUAAACAGCUAUGGGAGUGGGAAUCAUUACAUUCAUUUGAAAAUUCAAACUCCCACCAAGUUGACGCCCCAGCAAAAGGCUCUGCUACAGGCCUACGCAGAACUCGAGGAAGAUACUCCUGGUCAGAUAAUGGGAGUUACGCACAGGAGUGAUGGUAAGUCCACAUCAUCCUCUUCGUCAACCACCUCCUCCUCCUCUACUUCCUCCACGUGGUCUUCGGAGAAAGUAUCGGAAAAGCAAACGCAGGGCGCUCGAGAUGAUUCCUAUCGUGACUAUAAACCGCACGAUGAAACCGAAACACACGAUUACCAAAAAGAGCAGCUUGGCCCGAGGUUCUACUAUUCGCUUGGCGUACUGCUAGUGCUCUGUUGGUUCGGGUAUUAUUGCUUCAAUCAGAGCAACGAGCAGUUCGAGCGUGAACGAGAGCUCGCUCUCGAACGUCAGCGACAGGACAAGCUCUACCACAAACUGAAAAGUCCUUCCGAUGACACGACGUAGAAAAGGAGGAGCGAGGUGGGAGAAAACGAACAUCGAUUGUUAAGUGGUGAUUGGUUCCGUGGUCCCAAGGACUUGGCUAGAAAAAAAAGUAUCAAAAUAAAAUGGCCAAAAAGGCCCCCGCUUAACAA